AUGACGACAAUUUCGGAUGUGAAAGCAAGAGAAGUCCUCGAUUCGCGGGGCAACCCGACGGUCGAGGUGGAUGUCGCGCUGUCGGACGGCACCGUCGGGCGGGCGCUCGUUCCGUCCGGCGCGAGCACGGGCGCGAACGAGGCGCUGGAACUGCGCGACGGCGACGCCUCUCGCUUUAGAGGGCGCGGUGUGCUCCAGCCCAUCGAGAAUAUCGACAAGCACAUCAAGCCUGCCGUCUUGGGAAUGUCCACGCUGGACCAGGUAGCGUUGGACAACCUGCUGAUCGAGAUAGAUGGCACGCCGAAUAAGAGCAAACUUGGUGCCAACGCGAUAUUGGGCGUGUCUAUGGCAGCGGCACGCGCCGCAGCGCAGAGCGAGGGUAAGCCGCUGUACGAGCGCAUCAGCGGUGAUGGCGCGCUCACGCUGCCCGUGCCUAUGCUGAAUAUUAUCAACGGGGGCGCGCACGCGGCGGGCUCCACCGACUUUCAGGAGUUUAUGGUGGUUCCGGCGGGCUUCGACACAUUCAGGGAAGCGCUCCGGGCGGGCGUGGAGAUUUACCAUGCGCUUGCGGAUGCGCUGCGUGAGCGCGGCCUCAGCACUAGCGUGGGCGACGAGGGCGGCUUUGCGCCGGCGCUACCAGAUAACCAAGAUGCGGUCGCCCUUGUGAUAGAGGCCAUUGAGCGCGCCAAAUACCGCCCUGGCGAGCAGUGCUUCAUUGCGCUGGACGUGGCGGCGUCUGAAUUGAGCGGAGACGACUACCCCGCCGACAAGCUGAUUGGCAUCUACAAGGACUGGGUGGACAAUUACCCGGUUGUCAGCAUCGAAGACGGCAUCGCGGAAGACGACUGGGAUAAUUGGAGCGUCAUGGCGGAUGCCAUAGGCGGCAGGGCGCAACUCGUCGGCGAUGACCUGUACACCACGAAUACCGAACUCAUCCGCAAGGGCAUCGCGAUGAAUGCCGGCAAUGCCGUGCUCAUCAAGCUGAACCAGAUUGGGACGGUAACCGAGACGCUGAACGCCGUGAAGAUGACGCAGAAUGCGGGCUGGGGCGUUGUUAUCAGCCACCGUUCCGGCGAAACGGAGGACACAACCAUAGCAGACCUCGCGGUUGGCACGAACGCCGGCCAGAUAAAGUCCGGCGCGCCCGCCCGUGGGGAACGCACCGCAAAGUACAACCGCCUGCUUCGCAUCGAAGAGGAGCUAGGCGGCAGGGCGCAAUUUGCGGGCAGGCAGGUGUAUGAGCACUAUUUGAGCAACAUCUAG